AUGAACCAAACUUGCAUCUCGGAGGCAAGAAACCUUAGCGUGGACCCACUUGGGGGUCACCAGGCAUGGGAGGUGGUUCUGAUUGUGCUUGUGACUGGACCUCUAUCCCUCGUCACUAUCCUCGGUAACCUUCUGGUGGUCAUCUCAUUCCGGGUCAACAGUCAGCUGCGAACCAUCAGUAACUACUAUCUACUGAGUCUUGCAGUGGCAGAUUUGAUCUUAGGUACUGUGUCAAUGAACCUAUAUACCAUCUACAUCAUAAUGGGUCGCUGGACAUGGGGACAUCUAGCUUGCGAUUUGUGGUUGGCCCUUGACUACGUAGCAAGCAAUGCUUCGGUAAUGAACCUACUGGUCAUAAGCUUCGACCGGUAUUUUUCUGUUACUCGACCGCUGACGUACCGAACGAAGCGUACGCCAAAGAAAGCAGCAGCGAUGAUCGCUCUCGCAUGGAUGGUGUCUUUUGUGCUGUGGGGGCCUGCAAUCUUAUUUUGGCCCCAUGUGGUCGGAAGAUCCCCCGAGGCUGAAUCUCAGGAAUGUUCCAUUCCCUUCUUAAAGGUGCCUCCACUGACUUACAGUACAGCCAUGGCUGCUUUUUAUCUACCAGUCACCAUUAUGAUCAUUCUGUAUUGGCGAAUUUAUUGGGAAAUCGAGAACAGAGCAAAAGGACUUGCUGGUUUUAUUGGGACUGUAAAAAAGACUAGAAACACCCUGGAUGGAUUAGACCAACAAUUCAUGUACCAGGCCAGUACCAAGAGCUGCUCAAAGGAAAGAAAUUCUAAAAAAGUGAAAGAAAAGAGUGAAGGCACACUGGCUGGGUGUUUUCCAGGGAGACAAAGUUCUCCGAAUUCAUUGGCGGACAUUUUGGGAAAGUCAGCUCAUGAGAGUUACAAAGAAGCGUACAGGAACAGAAGCUGGAACAUCGGCGACGAGGAUGACGGUGCCUUGUCUUCUUCCACUGAGGACGAACAUGAGCAGAGCAUUAGUGCGAGAGAACCGUCAUCCAAUCCGGCUGUGAUAAAGUUAAAAUAUCUGCAAAACAGAUCAGAGGUUUCAAGUGGUGUGCAGGAACACUUGACGAAAGCAACAGACAUGUCAGCAGAGUGCCCCACACGGCAGUCGCUCUCCAAAAUGGUCAGAAGGUCAGACCCCGUCAACUGCCACCAGCCCCGAGCGAAACACCGCAUCAGUACCAUCAUUAGAGAAAAGAAAGCUGCCCGAACAUUGAGUGCCAUCUUGUUGGCUUUCAUCCUAACGUGGACGCCAUAUAACAUCAUGGUUUUGGCUUCCAUUUCAUACUGCGUCCCAGAAAAACUCUGGCAGCUCGGAUACUGGCUGUGUUAUGUAAACAGUACAGUUAAUCCUAUAUGUUAUGCCCUCUGCAACGAGUCCUUCCGGGUCACUUUCAAGGCGCUGCUGCUUUGCCGCUGUGGAAAUAAACGAAAGUGGGACACGAGCAGCUGGAUUCGCCCUGCUUCCACAAGGCAAAAGAAGUCUAGUAGUACAGUGUAA